AGUCUUAAAACAGUAAAAGAAGAAACAGUUUGGGGAAAUAAAGAUUAAUAGAAGAAGAACAUCUCAAUAGAGGAACUCUGCCUCAGCUCUCCCAUUUUGCAGUAUGGAUUGGUUUCAUUGCAACCAGUGUUUCAGCCAGGAGGGAUCUGAUUUUUCUGUUACCAGCUGUGGACAUAUAUUUUGCAAAAAAUGUGCUGGCUCAGAUAAAUGCCCAUCUUGUGGAACAAGCACAAAAUAUUUGCUUCUUAAUGAUAGUAUGCAGCCAGAAGCAAAAAAGUUUUUCAAAAGUCCCAUUGAACUUGUACUCGGCCAUAUUGCCCAUAUUUCUCAGGUGUGGACUUUCCAGAAAAGCCAGAUGGAGCUGCUUGCCUCUUUUUAUGAAUACCGUGCUUCAAAGGCUGAAGGAGCCCUGCAGCAAGUUUACCAGAAACUAACUACACAGGAAAAGGAGCUGGAGGCAUUACAGAAGGAGAACAGGGAACUGAUGAAGAAUCUCUGCUCAUUGGAGGAUUCCCCACAUCAUUUCCAGGAUAGCAGAAACAGCACACCGAGGCCAGUUGCCAUCAAACCCCCCUUACAGCCAGCAUACUUUGCAGUUACACUACCAUCUAGUUUCCGGCAGUCCAGUGAAGUGAUCAGCCGCUCCUCUUCCAUGGAGUGCAUCUCCUCAAGAGCCAGCCACCCACCAAACUGGCAACUUGCUACAGGAACCACCUGGAUGACUAAUGGCAGGAUGACUCCAGAUAACCCUAAUAAUGCUACUCCUUCUCCAGCGUCCACUAGAGGCUUAUUUCACAGGUGA